AUGAGCGAAAUUUCUGACUUUGCGUUCAUUGUCGAGGGGAAGAAAAUCCACGUGCACAAGAAUCUGUUGAUAUUCGGAAGUGAUGUGUUGAAGAAUUUGUUCCUCGGCGAUUGGAAGGACAGUUGCCAAAAGGAGCAGAUCGUUGAGGAUCACAGCUACGAUGCUUUCUACGCGUUCCUAAAGUACUUCUACACCGACGAAGUUGAUUUCACGCCUGAGCUUGCUCUUGACGUAUACGCCGUAGCCCACUUCUAUUUGGUAACUGAUCUGAUGGACGAGUGCGAAAAGAUUCUACAAUCAGGUAUGACUGUGCAAAACGUUGCUGCUGUUUACGAGAAGGCCAAUUGGCUUGGGGCUAAGGACCUAUGUGAGUUCUGCUUUAAAUUUUGCAAGGAAAAUAUGGAUGAUGUCGUGGACAGUUUUGAGUCUGAAGACUGCAAGAGAGAAUUCUUCUUGGAAGUUUUCCGUUGGGUGGCUAAUCGAAAGAAAAACUGA